GAGUCCUACUACUACAAGCAUCCAGACCCUAUAUUGCUCUGCAUCGACAAAUACCCAAAGAUACCCCCAUCUCUGCCUGUCCUUAAAUUCGCGCUAGCAACCCUGCUCCCUUGACCAGCAAGCCCCACUUCACCCUAGUCCCGUUCUCAAGGAAUAUCGCAUCUAGCAAUACAUCUCCUGAACUAGUCAGCAACUCCCUUUUCAUGCAGACCCUGAUUAUAGGUCUGCAAGAGGACUGAAGGCGAAGGCAUGAAAGCUUAAACCCACACAUAAUUUAUAAAGAUAAUAGUUGUCAGACUGUGGCGCAUCCAACGACGUACACUACUUACCGGCGUUUUCUAAAACUUUGAACCCACACACACAACAGGCCACCUCAGCGACAUGGCCCACUCGAGCAGCAACAGCGUUCAGUAUACUCACUUUCCAACUUAUCGAAGGAGCUUACUCUUACGGCCUAGCAUGACUCACUCAUUUACCGAAAGCCAUCUCUGCCACUCCAGUCCGCAGGAAGUCCAUGGAUUGCAAAGUCAACCGAAAGGACGGCCGACUCUUCUGCGCCCAAGCAAGCUUCAGCGAACCCCACUCAAGCCCUGUCUCUCGCCACAGUCACCAACCCCAUCAUCAAUUUCGCGACAUUCGAAGAUUAAGGACUCAGAGAGCCGUCUAAGGAAAAACCUCUCAGACCUCGAAAGUAGGCUCGAUGACUUGCACUCUCCUCGCGCCGCAAUCAAGUCAUCCUCCCCUUCACCAUCACUCUCCUCCCUGCUCUUACCCAACUCGAGCAGAAAACCUCCCACCCUCUUAGUUGGCGAAUCCCCAGAGAGGAAACAGCCCAGAUUCGACAACGAGAUCCUCGGCAUCUUCCUCAAAAAUAACGGCGGCUAUCUUGACGACUCCGACGACUCCGACGACGACGAGGAAGACUCUCCUAACCGCCCCUCAAGAUUCUCCUAUCAUGGCCCACACUUGAGUCCUCUGGCCGGACGGGUCAAUCAACAGAUCGCUGGAUCCAGUCACACCAAGGUCCAUAAGGUACGAUCGCCUCGGCAAACGACCACCAGAGACACGAACAGACGCUCUUUGUCGAUGAACGUAAUCUAGAGCAGUAUUAUGCGAUCCACCUACUGUCAUGAAAACGUACAUCAAACUCUUACCAAGAUACAUGCGACAAUCACAUUAAAUUUCUUGGCUUGUUCUUCAUUUAUUUCUUUCAUCCAUCAUAAUCUA